AUGUUUGGUCCUUUCCGCCUCACAAACCCGCUAUCGGGCGGUCUAUUAUGGAAGAUACCAUGGCGGCUAUCCAGACAUCAGAAGUACAGGCAGCGCGAGCGCCUACGGCACGUCGACACUGUGGUCGGCACACUCGAUACCGCACUACGACGCAUGGGACAAAGCAUGAAGAAGGUGGAGCGCUGGAAGAUGGAGAUGCCGACCGAGGCGGAGAUGCUGCCCAAGGACAAAUACACCGUCUUCGACCGUAAGGUGAAGAGGUAUCGAAAGGGAAUACACAAGGUGCCAAAAUGGACAAGAGUCAGUCAACGACUCAACCCUCCGGUGCAAGUACUGGAACUGCUCAAAGCCAAUACCAUCACAGUCCAGGCCUAUGCGCAAUCUCUCAUCGACCGCAUCCGCGACCGGGACGAUAUUGUAAAGGCAUGGGCCCAUCUCGACAUGCCCACGCAAUAUGGCUCUCCAACAUACAAGGGACAACAAUCUGGCUUCGACUCAUCGGCUGUUUCCAUUCUGCGAGCUACAGGAGCCUUAAUCUUCGGCAAGACAACCACAACUGACUUCACGAUCACCAACUCAGGACCUCCGACCACCAAUCCCCACGACCCAUCUCGAACCCCAGGCGGCUCUUCAUGCGGCUCCGCCGCCGCCGUAGCCGAUAUGCAGAUUCCACUUGCCUUGGGCAUACAGACAGGCGGAAGCGUCAUCCGACCAGCAGCCUAUUGCGGUAUCUUCGCCAUGAAACCCAUGCACAACGCCAUCUCAACCUCGGGGCAAAAGAUCGUUUCCUCUACAUUCGAUACCAUCGGCUUCUUUGCUCGUAGCAUCGAAGAUCUGCAGUUACUAGCAGAUGUCUUCUCCCUCGCUGACGACGAGCACCCAAGGAAGGUAUGCUUGGAUGAUAUCUCAGUCGCUCUUGUCAAGACACCCAUGUGGUCACACGCCGGCCCUGGUACUAUACAUGCCAUGCAUAAAACAGCCGCGAUACUGCAAAACCACGGCGUUCAAGCCGAAGAGAUGUCUCUACCGGAUGGCUUUGGCGAUGCAGACAUUCUAACGCGCUCUCAAAACGCAAUCAUCGGCACUGAGACCGCACUUGCUUUCCAUGAAGAAUACCGUCUACACAAGGAUGGUUUGGACGUCUCGAUUCGGAAUCUAGUAGAAAACCACUCUAAACACGCUGAUGCGGAAAAGAAAAGAAGAGAAGCUCUGGAAAAGUACACGCAUCUGCGUACGCUCUUCGACGCGAUAGCGGCCAAGUAUUCUGUCAUCAUCGCGCCAAGUGCUGUAGAUGAGGCGCCGGUGGGCCUUGGUGAUAUGGGGAGUCCGGUUUUCAAUACGCUGUGGACGCCAAGUUGA